UAUUUUUGCCACUUGCGACGAAGCAUGGGCUGCUUGCAGUCGUCGGACGCGCCGGAGCUGCGCCUCCCCAACACCUUUCUCCGCAACCUCUGCACGCACUACGACGGCGUCGACGUCUUUACGCGCUACCGCGUCAUCAAGGAGCUCGGCACGGGCGCGUUCGGUGUCGUCAACCAAGUCGAAGCCCUCGGCACGAACGAGCACUUUGCGAUGAAGGUCAUUACGAUUGGGCCCAACGCCAAGUUGCCCGUGCUGCGCAAGGAAAUCGACCUCUGGCGCGGGCUGCAGCACCCCAACAUCGUCCGGCUUAUCGAGACGUACGAGUCGCCGACGCACAUUUACAUGAUCAUGGAGCUCUGCACGGGUGGCCACCUCUUCAAUGCGAUCAAGUCGCGGAAAGAGGCCUUCCCGGAAGCCACGGCCAAGCUCUACGUGCGCAAGCUCGCGGCGAGCAUCCACUACCUCCACCUCAAGAACAUUUGCCACCGCGACAUCAAGCUCGAGAACAUUCUGUACGAGACCGACUGCGCUGGCGCCGAAGUCAAGCUCUGCGAUUUCGGCGCGAGCACCAUGUUUCGCGAAGGCGUCCUCAUGCAAACCGUGCUCGGCUCGGUGGUUUACAUGGCCCCCGAAUUUCUCGAAGGCCAGUACACGCAGGCGUGCGACAUGUGGAGUCUCGGGGUCGUCAUGUACAUGCUUCUGAGCAACUCGAUGCCAUUUCACGGCGAUACGGAGGACGAGAUCGUCGAGAGCAUCUUUGAAGCCAAGGUGAUCUUUGACGGCGACAGCUGGGCCAACGUCUCGGAGGACGCCAAGCGAUUGAUCCAGCGCCUCCUCGAACCCGACAUUAACAAACGCUACACGGCGCUACAGGUGCUCAUGCACCCGUGGGUGCAAAGCGCUGACGUUCCGCUGUCGCCAGCGUGCCAGAUUGACGAUGUCAUUACACGGCUCUCCGAGUACGCUUCGUUUGGCGCCAUGAAGCGUGCGGGGCUCCUCGCGGUGGCAUUUUGCUGUCCGUCGAUCGACAUCUCGGACAUUCGCCGGGCGUUUGACGAGCUCAACGUCCUCCACAACGGCGUCUUGACCAUCAAGGACUUGCAGCAAGCGUCGCUCACGUCCAAGUACCCGGCCGUGGACUUUGCCAAAAUCUUUUCCAGUCUCGACAUGGAGAACUCCAACCAAGUGACGUUCGUCGAGUUCAUUUCGGCCGUGAUGAACCCGACGACAAUCGACGAGACGGUGCUGCGCAAGGCGUACCAGCUCUUCAACCCGGACGACACCAAGGGUGGGAUCCGCACCGACGGCCUCGCUCGGCUGCUCGGACCCGACUUUGAUCAGCUCGCGGUCCAAGACAUGAUGAGCGUCGCCGAUAGCGACCACGACGGCGCGAUCAACUACGAAGAGUUUGUCCAUUUGAUCCAGUCGCGGUCUGCACCCCGCGCGAUGAGUUCACGCCGUGGCUUUGGACGUCGGAGCAGUAGGUCGCGCAGCACGCGCGAGCCGCAGUCCGAAGUGUCACCCGCCAACAAAAUUUAAGACGAACGAGGUCCUGUAAGAGACGAAACAACAAUGUGAUUAGCACUUUUGACUCGAGUCAAGAAAACUCGGUGGAGUA